UGGAGGAGACGGCGAGUAGUGACGAUGGCGGCGCCGACCUGCUGAUGGAGUGUGAUGAAGACGAGGAGUUUGAGGUGGAGCAGCACGAUGAAGCUCUGCCGGCCGUGGCCUCCAUCAUCAUGGAGGACGAGGAGCAGGUGGAGGAGAUGAACCCCCCAGUCAGGAUCAUCCCGAUCCCCCUGCUGCCCCUGGACGCCAUCAGCCCCUUCUCUACGCCGAUGUCAGGAGUUCGUCGGGUCUUCAUGGUGAACGGUCAGGUGAUCCCACUGUGGCCCGGAGGCGGCUCCACUGAGCUGAAGCUUCUCUCUCAUCCGUCUGGUUCAGCCAGCAGCUUCACUACAGUCCAGAUCCCUGAUGAGGCACUGAGAGCCCCCCCACCCCCACCCCCAACCCCAACCCCACCUGACCCUGAACCUGAACACACCCCCAUCAUCACAGGUGAAGCAGCUCAGAAAGUUUUGAACGACCACAACGUGAACUUCAUCCCCCAGAAUCCUCAGCGGCAGUCCCCCGACCCCCCUCCCUCUGAGAAACAGGCGUGUGUGUGUGUGUGUGUGUGUGUGUGUGUGUGUGUGUGUGUGUGUGUGUGUGUGUGUGUGUGUGUGUGUGUGUGUGUGUGUGUUGCAGGUCAGCUGGGUGACAGUCCUGACUGUAUGGUUUGUUUGACUCCGUUCAAACUGAUCCAAGAGCUGCGAGGAUUCAUGUGUCUGUGCAGUCCUGCCAUCGCUCAGAGUCUGAGGAUCCUGAGGAGGAAGAAACCUCGCAGGUGGAGCCGACACAAGAAGAAGAUCAACAAGCUCACCAGAGCUCAGCCUGGGUAUAAAAGCACUUCUCCGCUCCAGAAGAGACGGUCUGACGACUUCCUGUCAGAGGAGAUCAGCAGCCCCCCCCGUCUCAUCCUCAAACCGGACCCCUCGGACCCGCCCCCUGAGCCGCCCCCCCAGGGGAAGCUGGUCAUCAUGGUGGAGGACUUCUACUACGGGACCGACCCCGGACCCAAAACCAGCAGAGUCCAGCAGCCGGCCAGGAAGUACACCGGACCGUACCGCUGCAUACACUGUGCCCAGACCCUGCCUAACAAUAUACAGCUGAUGUCCCACAUGCAGCAGCACGUGUCGGCCAUGUCUCAGCAGGACUCGGCGUCUUCGUGUCCUCACUGCUAUCGUCACUUCAGCUCCGCCUUUAAACUGCAGUGCCACCUGGAGGCCGUCCACAGUCAGUACGAGUCCACAGCGAAGUGUAAGAUCUGUGAGCUGGAGUUCGGGUCUGAGCCGGCGUUUCUGUGGCACAUGAAGAGUACACACAAGCCAGGAGAGAUGCCUUAUGUCUGCCAGGUGUGUGACUUCAGGUCGUCCUUCUACUCAGACGUGUGGAGUCACUUCCUGCAGUCUCACGCUGACACUAACAGCCUCAUGUGUCAGUACUGUCUCCGAGUCCUCCGCAGCAGCUCCUGCUACCAGCAGCACUUCGCCCGCCACCAGAGGAAGACGGUGUUCAGCUGUGAUAUGUGUCGUCUCCACUUCCUGUACGUUAAAGAGCGAGUUGAACACCGAACGCUGCAUCACACGACUCACAUCAAACCCACUCAGCUGACCGGCCUGAAGCCUGGGACUAAGGUGACAGUCAGGACGUACUCUGUGGUCGGAGGAUCAGAGAGUGAAUCCCAGAGGAGAUCAGCUGUUCCCUGUAAGGUGGUAGACGUGGAGCCCGGACCCCCCCCACUGGAGGCUCCUAAGAGGAGGCCUGUGGAGCCUCUGGGCCGUCUGCUGAGUCAGCUGACCCAGGACAGUGAGGCGCUGGGUGUCUCUCGUCCCUCUCGUUGUGUCGAGUGUCUCACAUCAGUUCAGGACUUCAGCUCUCACUUCCCGUCUCUGGUGCAGUGCUCUCUGUGCAGGUUCACCACCUGCUGCUCCACCUCCUACGCCAACCACAUGAUCAAUCAUCACGCCGGCUGCAGCAGGAAGAAGCCGAUCUACUUCAGCAUGUUCCAGCCGGCCUGCAGGUCCGAGGAGCUUCGCUGUGAGUCCUGCUCGUUCUCCACCUGCAGAGGAGACGUGAUGGCCAAUCACCUCGCAGAGAGACCUCAACACCGCUGUGUCAUAGUUACACACACCGUGACAUCAUCAGGCGGUCGGGGCGGAGCCUUCAUCCCCAUCCACCUCCUCCCCUCCACUCAGACCCCCCCCCAGCUGUCUGUCAAACCCCUCCGCCCCCCCUCCUACCUCUCCUCCGCGCCCGCCAUGACCAUCAAGUUCUUGGGAAGACGCCCACCUCUGCAGCCCUCAGGCCUGUCGGUGUCCCAGCUGUCGGUGCUGCUGUUCUCUCUGUGCCACGGUCUUCCUCAGGCGGCGCGGCGGUUCCACCUCUCUCCGCUGGCGCUGCUGCAGCUGACGGAGCAGCGCGACCGCCGCCUGGCUCGGCUCGCCUGGCACUGGAGGACCGACAAGAUGGCCGCCUGGGUGCUGAGCCAGCGCGAGCAGCAGCUGCUCCUGCAGGAGGAGACGCUGCUGCAGACGGCGCGGCGAGCGCUGGGCGACAACAGUCAGCUGAUCGACCGCUACGGCUGGGCGGUCGACUUCAUGCUGCGACAUCAUCUCAGCCUGCAGCCAAUCAGCAGCAAGCAGCGCCGAGGCCUCCCCAGAGACAUCCAGGCCCACAGCAUGGCAACCAUCCGCUCGCUGUGUGCCAAGGUGGACGGUUCCGCGCUGCCUCCUCGCUCCGUCGGCUUCAUGGACGAACUCGCCGUCUUCAUCAACACGGAGAAGUUCUCCAAUCAGAGCCCGGCGGCUCUGAAGCUGUUCGGUCGUCCCGGCGACGCUCCGCUGCUGGACGUGGUGUUGUCGGGUCUGUCUGACGGAACGUUCCUGCCCCCCCUGCUGUUCUUCAGAGGAGCUGCGGCCGACGUUCCCGAUGGCUUCCCAGAGAACGUUCUGCUGGAGGCUCGACUGGAAGGAUUCAGCGACCGGGAGCGGCUCCACAUCUGGACCCAGAAGGUGUGGCGCCCCCACCUGGCCUCUCUGCCAGACAGCCGCUCCGUGCUGAUGGUGGACGUCCAUCGAGGUCACCUGGCGGACGAGUUUCAGGAGGACAUGAGAGACGCGUCCACUGAGCUCGUCUUCAUUCCUGCUGGAUGCUGCUGCCGCCUGCAGCCGCUCGACCUCUGCAUCACACCUGUCCUCAGAGAGUUCCUGCAGGCUCAGUGGACCCAGCUGGUGUCUCAGGGAGGUCUGGAUGGUCUCAGUCUGGAUCAGCUGGCUCUGACUCUGACCUGCUGGUUCAGUGAAGUCUCCUUCAUGCUCAACGCUGACAGACACAUCCUGCACAGGUCGUUCACCUCGGUGUGUAACCUGCAGCAGGAGCAGCAGGAGGAGAAAGCUUCAAUGAUCCGAACUCUGACUGAGAUGCUCAUCCAGCCUCCAACCUCCCACCUCCCUCCUCCUGCUCCUCUUCCUCCUCCUCCUCCUCAGGCGGAGCAGGUGGAGCUGCUGCUGGUGAUGCAGGAGGAGGAGGAGGAGGAGGAAGAGGAGGAGGAGGUGCAGGAGAAGGAGGAGAAGAAGUGGAAGCAGCCGUCGUUGAGGAGUCCGUCGUCUGUGUGUCGAGUGUUUGACGGCGACAGCGAUCAGGACUCGUUCCUCGGCUUCGAUGAUGGAGAGACGGACGAGUGACUUCCUGCUUCUUCUUCUUCUGCUCC